CAUUUUUUUCUUUUGACUUCUCCCACAUCCAGACCCCAGAGCUCUCGACAAGCGGCUGCGCUCGGACAACGGGACCUCCAGGCUGAGCCCCCGGAGCUGGGACGGGAACGGGGACCUUUCCUCACUUGGGACGGGAGACACUGAGGCCACGGGAGGCCCUGGGGGGCCAAGACAGGCACGGGGAAGGGGGAACAGCCCCAUGAAGCUCCUCCAAGCCGGGGCGCAGGGCACAGAGCUGAACCACAGCUGCUGCCUCCGAGCUCGGGACCGGGAGCAUCUCGCUGGGAUUGGGGAGCGCCACGGGACGUGGAUGCCAUAGGACGAUGCCGUGCAGAGCCUGUGGCCUGGCAGUGCUGGCCCUGAUGUCCCUGUCCCUCCUGUCCUUGUCCCUUGGCUUCACAGCCGAUGAGCUGCUGUGUGCCUGUGACGUGCCACACUGCAGCCUGCCCACCUGCACGGGCAAGGUCUGCUUUGUCAGCAAGAGGAAGGAGGAAGGGACCAUCACCCAGCACCGGGGCUGCUUCUCCCAGAACAUCCUGGAGAACUGCCGGACGUCCGUGACGGAGCAGUAUGGCACCAGGUGCUGCAACUCCAGCAUGUGCAACGCUGAGCUGGAGAUCUUCCUGCAAGGAGAAGAGGCCCUGGGAAAGGCACCUUCCCUGCCCAACCUCCUCCUGAUGAUCUUCGUCCCCCUGCUCACCCUCCUCGUCCUCGCCGUGCUCACGGCGCUCUUCUGCUGGAAGGUGGCCCAGCACCGCCAGAAGAAAAGCAACCUGGAGGACAUGGACCUCAUGCUGAAGGCAUCCAUGGUGGGAGACAGCACUAUGGAGGACCUGCUGAACGACGACUGCACGACGGGCAGUGGGUCAGGGCUGCCCUUCCUGGUGCAGCGCACGGUGGCUCGGCAGAUCACCCUGGUGGAGUGCGUGGGCAAAGGACGCUAUGGCGAGGUGUGGCGAGGUGUGUGGCACGGGGAGAGCGUGGCCGUGAAGAUCUUCUCCUCCCGGGACGAGCAGUCCUGGUUCCGCGAGACAGAGAUCUACAACACAGUCCUCCUGAGGCACGACAACAUCCUGGGUGAGUGGGGGGGCAAGGGGGCUGUGAGGGAUGCUGUGAGGGGGGCUGUGUGGUGGUUCAAUGGUCCUGGGUUUUCUCCCCACCCAGGUUUCAUCGCCUCUGACAUGACAUCAAGGAACUCCAGCACCCAGCUCUGGCUCAUCACCCACUACCAUGAGAACGGGUCGCUCUAUGACUACCUGCAGAGGACAGCCCUGGAUGUGGAGACCUGCUUGGGCUUGGCUUCCUCCAUCAUCUGUGGCCUGGUCCACCUCCACGUGGAGAUCUUUGGCACCCAGGGCAAACCCGCCAUCGCCCACCGUGACCUGAAGAGCAGGAACAUCUUGGUGAAAAGCAACCGGCAGUGCUGCAUCGCUGACCUGGGGCUGGCCGUCAUGCACUCCCAGGGCAGUGACUACCUGGACAUUGGCAACAACCCCCGGGUGGGCACCAAGCGCUACAUGGCCCCGGAGGUGCUGAGCGAGCAGAUCCGCACCGACUGCUUCGAGUCCUACAAGAAGACAGACAUUUGGGCCUUUGGGCUGGUGCUCUGGGAGAUCACCCGCCGGACGGUGGCCAACGGCAUCGUGGAGGAGUACAGACCACCCUUCUUCGACGCCGUCCCCAGCGACCCCAGCUUUGAGGACAUGAAGAAGGUGGUCUGCAUCGACCAGCAGACCCCUGUGGUCCCCAACCGCCUCUUCUCCGACCCGGUGCUGUCGGCGCUGGCGAAGAUCAUGAAGGAGUGCUGGUACCAGAGCCCCUCCGCCCGCCUCACCGCCCUGCGGAUUAAAAAGACACUGAAGAAGCUCAACAAUUCCCUGGAAAAGCCCAAACCAGAGCAGUGAGCACCGGGAAUGUGCCUGGAUUGCUCUGGGAACGGCAGCGAAACCAACGCCAGAACAGCUGCUGGGCACGGCGGGGGCUUUGCUGACCCCCCCCCCACCUUCCCCACCCCUCCUCGGAGCCUUUUUCAUUUGCAAGGAGAGGGAGAAAAAAGUAGGAAAGAAAACAAAACAAAACACAAAAAAGCAACUGAGGAAAUCUUCCAGCUUGGUUAUAAAAAUAACCCCCCGGAUCCGACACCCGACGCCGCUCCGGCUGGGAUGGGAAGAGGGGCUGGUGGGUCACCCAGAACCCCCCCCCCCCCGGGGGUCAAGGGAAGAACUGGCACCAUUUCCCACCGCAGCCCCCCGUGCCCCACUCGGGCACCCACCCCUGGGCUGGCACCUGCAGGCAGUGGGUGCUGCCCAAACCUGCCCGCCCGGCGCGGCGGCAGCGGGAACCCCGCGGGCUGCGCCAGGAAUUCCCCGGCAGCGCUGCCGCGUCUGGAGCCGCCUGGGAAAAAGGUGGUCCAGGGGGGGGGGGCAUCGCCCCAGCCCCGCCUGCUCUGCACCCUGAGGAGCCCCCGUGACACAGGGACCACCUGAGCCUUCCCUGAGGAGCCACUGCCAAUCCCACUUUCCAGGCCCUUUUUAACCUUUGCCGAUGUUUUUGGUGUUUUCCGGAGUGGUUUUGGUGUUUCCCGGAAUAUGUUGCUGUUUUUCAGAGUGUUUUGGGUGUUUUUCAGAGCAUUUCGCUGUUUUCCAGAGCAUUUUUUUGUGUUUUCCAGAGUGCUAGGGGUGUUUUCCAGAGCAUUUUGGGUGUUUCCUGGAAGGUUUUGGUGUUUUCCGGAACGUUUUGGUGUUUUCUGGAGUAUUUGGGGUGUUUCCCAGAGUGUUUGGGGUGUUUUCCAGAGCAUUUGUUGUGUUUUCUGGAACGUUUUGGGUGUUUUCUGGAACAUUUUGGUGUUUGCCACAGUGUUUUGGUGUUUCCUGGAACAUUUUGGUGUUUCCCGGAACGUUUUGGUGUUUCCCAGAACGUUUUGGCGUUUUCUGGAGUAUUUGGGGUGUUUCCCAGAGUGUUUUGGGUGUUUUCCAGAGCAUUUUUGUGUCUUCUGGAAUGUUUUGGUGUUUCCCAGAGCGUCUUGGUGCCCUCUGUCCCCAGCUCCAACCUCCACCCCUCGCCACCAUCCCAAAAUUCCCCCCACACUCCAGCUGCGGAUGGGACCGGGAUGUUCAGCAGAACCAGCUUUCGCCUCCUCCUCCACCAUUAUUUAAUGAUUAAGAUUUAAUAUAUUUAAUAAAGUGUCAAGCUGUUUUCUUGCUCAA